GAACCUUAAUUAUGGUUAAGCAACUUUAACUUUGAUACUUUUCUUGUGAAUUCCCACGUUCACGAACAAUCAUUCCAUUCAGAUCUCAUGUAACUAAGAAUAUUUGUAUUCUCAUUUUCUUUCCUUUUCGUAUUGGUAGUUUCUUUUAUUUCGAGGCGAAAAAACUCAACUUUGAUUCCUCACUCGGUAACUCUCUCACUGGUAUGUUUCAGCUACCGAAGAACACACAUAUAUAAACAUUUAGCGAAAAUUGGGAACUGUAUUCGUGUUCAAAGCGAGGAAAUGGGUUCUGAAGCGCCAAAGGGUGUAGUGGUUCAUGUGACUGGCUUCAAGAAAUUCCAAGGGGUUCCUGAAAAUCCCACUGAAAUUAUAGUCAAUAAUCUCAAGGAUUUUGUUGAGAGCAGAGGCUUGUCUGCUGGUGUUACUCUUGGGAGUUGUACUGUUCUUGAAACUGCUGGAGAUGGUGCCCUGCCAUUCCUUCUCAACACCAUGGAAUCGGCUGUCUCUAAAGACAAUAAGCAAGUUGUAUGGCUUCACUUGGGAGUGGAUAAUGGGGAAACAAAGUUCGCCAUUGAGAUGAAGGCCGUAAAUGAAGCCACCUUCUGUUGUCCAGAUGAGCUAGGAUGGAGUCCCCAGCAAGUCCCUAUAGUCUCUGAAGAUGGAGGAACUUCUCUUGCAAGAGAGACUUGCUGCUCCACUAAGGAAAUUCAGAAACUUUUGAAGAAGAAAGGUUAUGACGUGACAAUAUCAGACGAUGCUGGCCGCUUUGUGUGUAACUAUGUGUACUAUCACUCUCUCCGGUUCGCUGAGCAAAAGGGUCACAAGUCCUUAUUUGUGCAUGUGCCUCUCUUUUCAAGCAUCAAUGAAGAAACCCAGAUGGGUUUUGUAGUAAACCUCUUGGAGGCCAUUGCUGCAACAUGUUAAUGUUACGUGUUUCAUUAAGUGUUCCAAUUUAUAUGGUUUGAAUAAAUUUCUUCGUACCAGUCCAUAUGAAACUAUCCUUGCUUUGAAAAUGUAUGUCAAUUUUUUAUUGAAUAAGAAUGAACAUGAUUCAUGAGUA